AUGGUGGUGUCAGGGAAGGUCAACGAUAGCAGAUACAUGCCAGAAAUGGCUGUCACACAUGGAAGGGAUGCUCCACCUAGUCAUUACUUGUUCAAAAUUAAGCCCUUCUCAAAUCUGUCUAAAUCUUCAUUCAAGACAUACAUCUCGGACAUUUUUUAUGUAGAAGGCUUCAAAUGGAAAUUUUAUAUUUAUCUAACCGGGGACAAGAGCAAGAAUGUGACAAAUCAUAUCUCCUUGUACUUGGAGUUGAUGGGGACGAGUUCUCUACCAACUGGAUGGGAAGUGAAUUUCCUUGAUGCAGAUGGGAGUGUAAAGCGAUUCCAUGCAAUUAAGACCAGAUGGGGCAUUACUAAAUUCAUCAACCUCAGAACAUUUUCUAAUCCUCUGAAUGGAUACCUUGUUGAUGACACCAGUAUAUUUGGUGCGGAGGUUUUUGUUGUCAAAAAUACUUUCCCAGGGGAGUGCUUAUCAACGAUGAGUGAUCCUCCAACUUGUUACCACACUUGGGAAAUUGAGAAUUUUUCAACUUUGCAAAAUGACCGCUAUGAGUCCGAAACAUUUGGAUGUUACAAAUGGAAAAUUUUGUUUUGCCCUAAAGGAUGCAAAGAGGGCAAGGGCAACUCUAUUUCACUCUUUCUUGACGUGACUCGUUCAAGUAUUCCCGCAAAUACUAAAUUGUUAACGAAAUUCAUUCUGCGUGUCAGAGACCAAAGGUUAAGGAAUUUCAAAAACAUUGAAUUUUCAGGUAAGACCAUGGAUAUUUUUGAGCUGAAUACCUGUAUAUAUACUACGUCAUGCGACCACGCGCUAGGAUUUAGAAAGUUCAUGUCAUUGGCUAAACUGAAGGACCCAAAACAAGGUUAUUUGGUGGAUGACAGUUUUGUCAUUGGAGCUGAAGUAACAUUGCGGGAGUAG